UGGGAAUCACCUGUGGCCAUAAGGAGUCACCAUGAUCGAGCAUGAACGCCGGCGCAGAAGGCCAGCUGUCUCUUGCUCUCUCUGUAGGAGACGCAAAAUCCGAUGCAAUCGAGAAUCUCCAUGCAGCAACUGCAUUCGGUCCAGAAACGAGGCUUGUAUAUAUGAGACGCACACUUCUCUAUCUCCACAAAAAAGCAUUGGACAUGAGCAGAACACUGAGCUAGGCUUAGCCUCCGAUCCCCGAGAAUGCCGAGAGUCUCACUAUUCAGCACCUAUCGAUGGCACAUCUAAGACUAGCACAGCGUCAACAAUCCCAAGCUAUUCGUCAUCACCAUUAGUGACUAGUUUAGCAAAUGCAUCGAGUCUUCCCAGCCAGGCAUCUGCUCAGGAUGUCGAAUCUUUGAAAAGCAGGAUCAGACAACUUGAAAUGCAGCUUUCUCGAGUAACCCCAAAAUCCACACGGUCUCCUGCUCCAGCUUCCAUUGCCACCAUAGAGACAACAUCAACAGAAAUAGGCGGAACAUUUCAUAUCCAUCAUGAAAGCCGCUUGUUCGGCGAGUGUCAUACUGUCACCCGCUGUGUUACACACAAAACGCGCCUCUUUGGCCAAAGUCAUUGGGUAAACGGAGUUGCGCUAUUCCGAGAUAUUAUUGAGACGAUUGAUCCUCACGUACGAGAAGAAACAUCAAAGGUAGUUUCUGGCAUACAAAGAUGCAAAUCUUUGGCAAGAGUUAUCAAAUUUCAACGGGCGCCUCCCUGGCCCUCCCCACCAACAGCCGAUUUACCCCGAAAAGACGUGUCGGACGAACUAGUCGAUGGAUACCUUCGAACGAUUGAAACUGUCUAUCGAAUCCUGCAUGUUCCUUCUUUCCAGCGAGACUACGAAGCACUCUGGGUGUCGGAAACUAAGCCUGACUCCGCUUUUCUAGUUCAGCUUAAGCUGGUACUCGCCAUCGGAGCCAAUGUGUACGAUGAGAAAUUCUCCCUGCGUUCCUCGGCCAUACGAUGGGUGUAUGAGGCUCAAACGUGGCUUUCUGAGCCCCAAUUCAAGUCACGACUCGGCAUCCAAUCUCUGCAGACAAACCUCCUCCUUUUGCUUGCUCGAGAAAUAGUAGAUGUUGGCGGCGCCGACUUUGUCUGGGUGUCGGCUGGCGCACUGCUCAGAACGGCAAUGUCUAUGGGCCUGCAUAGAGAUCCCGCACACCUCCCAAGGAGGACGAAAUUCGCUGCCGAGAUGCGCCGAAGGCUAUGGAACACAACUCUAGAGAUAAUACUGCAAUCGAGUCUAACAUCGGGAGGACCUCCCUUCAUUUCCCUCGAGGACUUCGACACUGAACCUCCAAGUAAUUUUGAUGACGACCAGCUAGUGGCCGAUGAUGCGGUGUCGAAAGCCGAAGACAAUUUUACUCAAGUGUCGACAGCAAUAGCUCUCCGUAAGACGUUUCCAGCCCGCCUUGCAGUAGCAAAAUUCCUGAAUGAUCUCGGCUCCCAAGGUUCAUACGAGGAGACGCUUCGACUUGAUGCGGAGCUAAAAGCGUCAUACAGAGCUCUUUGCCAAACUCUUCAAGGGUACAAUUCACACACUCCCUCCCCAUCUCACUUCGAAAAGUGUGCAACAGAUUUCAUUAUGAAUCGCUACCUCUCUUGUCUUCACAUUCCUUUUCUUGCCCUGGGAUUACACGAGAGCGCAUAUGCAUUCUCCAGGAAAGUUGCCGUCGAAACCUCCCUCAAACUGUGGUGUGCAGCAUACCCAUCCUCGCCUAUCAUGGCUUCACAGUCCCGCCGCAAUCAUGGCUCGUCUGACCGACACGAUCUGGAACGACUCGCACUCUGUGGCUCUGGCUUCUUCCGCACCUCCGUCUUCCAGGCUACUUCGGUCAUAGCAGUUGAGCUUCGGACGCAAUUGCAUGAGGAAGAGAGUUUGGGUCCGAUACCAUUGCGACUGGAUCUCCUUUCGGUACUGGGGGAUGCGAAGACUUGGUGUCUGCGGAGUAUCGAGGCUGGAGAGACUAAUACUAAAGGCUAUUUGCUCAUCUGUUUGAUUACUGCACAAAUUGAAGGGCUUGUUCAAGGUCUUGAGAAGGAUGAGUUCCCGAAGAUGUUAGUUAAGGCCGCAGAAGAGGCUGAGGACAUGUGCUUACCAAUACUUGAAGACAUGGUGGCCCAGUGUCAAAAUAAGGGAACCUUGGAUGGGCUGAACCAAAUGUCGUUGAGUGUGCCACCCGAAGACUGGGAUUUUAUGAUGUCAGAUACUCUUCUUAAUUCCGGCAACGCGGAACCUAUGAACUGGAUGUUCAAUGAUGAAACGACGUACGAGCCGUCACUCUGGUGAG